AUGGUGCGAGUUAUGAUUCUGAUCGUCGCCGCUUUCUUACUAGUGAGCAACUCGCUUUGCCAGAACCAUAAUAUUACUGUCGGAGUUUUACUCCCUUGGACCGGUUUCUGGAAUGUAGGCAAGAAUAUUGGUGGAGCAGUUUCAGUCGCCGUCGAUUAUAUUAACAGUAAUCAAAAUAUAUUACCAAACAAGACAUUGCAGUUUGUAUGGAAAGAUACUGGAUGCCAUGCAAAACAGGGACUCAAAGAAGCCGUUAAUCUGUGGAGUACGACACAACCUCACGCGUUUAUCGGUGGUGGGUGCGAUGAGGUGUGCGAGCCAGUCGGGCUAUUGGCCUCAUCUUGGAAUAUUCCAAUGGUCUCAUGGGGCUGUACCUCGAGCUCUCUGUCUCGCAAAUUCGAGUACGACACAUUCUCAAGGACAGUCGGUCCUUAUACUAAAACAGGACCCAUGUUCGUUGGCAUCAUGAAAUACUAUAAUUGGGCAAGAGUUGCAAUUCUCUCAUCCACAUCACACAUGUGGCAGCUCACUUCUCAUGACAUUCUGCUAUCGUUAGAGGAACAGGGCGUUGAAGUUGCGACAUUCCAGACUUUUGAUCCUGGCAACGAACACAUUGGUGAGGUCACAUUGGGACACACGCAUAUGUUGGAGGAUACCAUGUCACUGAGUAGAAAUGAACAGCAUCAUCUACAAGAGAUUGACAUAGAAGAUGUGGAUGAAAUCACAUAUUUGGGUGCAAUUGUAAGCAAUGAAGAAAAUAGUUAUAAUGCUAUACUUAUUAUAAUCUGUUCCUCGGAUGGAGACGUCCGAGAUAUCAUGCUGGCAGCGUUUGAUCUUAAUAUGAUAAACGGAGACUAUGUGUUUCUUACUAUUGGACUACGUUCGGGAUCUUAUAUAGGCAGGAACACAUGGAUGGGAGCUGAUGGCCGGGAUGUUUUUGCACAGUAUGCUUUCCGUGCAAUUCUUAAUAUCAAUGUGCUCACUCCACAUACUCCUGAAUACAAUGCAUUUGUUGAGGAUUCUAUAAAACGUCUUGCAGACCCCCCAUUUAAUUACAGUCCAAUGGAACCCGUGGAGGUAAAUCUCCAUGCAGGGCGGUUAUAUGAUGCUGUACUACUCUACGCAAUUGCAUUAACCGAAGAGCUACAGAGUGGCGGUGACGAACAUGACGGGAAAUCCAUUGCUUUAAGGAUGCGGAACAUGACAUUCCAGGGAAUAUCUGGGGAAGUCGUUGUUGAUGAAUACGGUGAUUGUGAUCCUAACUACAGCCUGCAAGUCUUUAAACGCACGUAUUUCGACAACAUCGCUGACUAUCAUGUAUUCAAUGAUACAUACCACCCACACGAUGAUGGAGAGUUUGUUUGGUUGGGGAACAGAACAGAACCACCAAAGGACUAUCCACCAUGUGGUUGGAAUGGAGAGUAUUGUCCGGACAAUACCAUGACAGUAAUUAUUGCUGUGGUUAGUGCAUUGUGUGGCGUUGUAAUCCUCGGAGGAGCUGGAAUCCUAAUCGUGUACAGAAGAUUAAAAUUAGCUGCCGAGCUAGCAACCUUUGCUCUAUGGAAAGUGAAUUAUUGUGAUAUUGUAUUUUCUAAUAUUUGCACUUCAAUGAGAAGAAGCUGUCGGGAUGUUUUAGAAAACGAAAACAUAAAAUUAGACGACAUGUUCAAGCUUUCCAUAGCAACCGACAUUUGUAAGGGUAUGCUGUACCUGCACAACAGUACACUUAGGUCGCACGGAAGAUUAAAGUCCUCUAACUGCGUGAUUGACAGCCGUUGGGUUUGCAAGAUAACAGAUUAUGGGAUGGGGGAGUUUAGGAAUGGCGAGGAGGUCGAUGACAGUGGGGGAGAAUAUGCACGCUACAGUCGCCUAUUAUGGACGGCUCCGGAACAUCUACGAUUCGCCACACCAGGGUACUAUGGUUCCCCGGAAGGCGAUGUGUAUGCGUUUGGUGUUAUACUGAGCGAAAUUGUUACCAGAGAGGGACCAUUUGCCACGCAGUCUUUCAAAGAGCCGCGGGACAUUAUCGAAGCAGUGAAAGCUGGAAAAGAUCCUGUCUUUCGUCCUCUAAUCCCCGUUAAAAUAUGUAAACCUGCAAUGCACUCACUGAUGAAGAAGUGUUGGGCAGAGUCUCCCGCGGAUAGACCAAACAGCGCGCACAUAAUUAAAUCACUGAAUUCGAUAAACGGAGGCAGGAAUGUUAACAUUGUGGAUAAUAUGAUUGCUAUGAUGGCAAAAUACACAGAACAACUGGAAGAAGUAGUUGAGGAGAGAACAAGUCAACUUUAUGAAGAAAAACAGAGAACGGAUGAACUUCUCAAUCGCAUGUUGCCUAGACAAGUGCAACAAUACGAUAUUCAGAACGAAUGCGUCAUUGAUCUACUGAAUGAUCUAUACAGUGAUUUUGAUGACAUCAUCGACAACUAUGACGUAUACAAGGUUGAGACAAUAGGCGAUGCGUAUAUGUGCGCAUCGGGUCUACCUGAAAAGAAUGGCCAUCGUCACGCUGGGGAGAUUGCAACAAUGGCUUUAGAGUUACUUAGCUCGUUGGUUACUUUCAAGAUCAGACACAUUCCCGGAAAACAACUACAGCUGCGUAUUGGUAUCCACACAGGGCCUGUUGUUGCCGGUGUUGUUGGGUUGAAAAUGCCGAGAUAUUGUCUGUUUGGAGACACCGUGAAUACAGCGUCGCGGAUGGAAUCCAGUGGAUUGGCAUUGCGGAUUAAUAUUAGCAGUACUACGGCCACUUUACUACGGCAAUUGGGGAAUUUUGUUUUAGAAGAACGUGGACAACUGAACGUGAAGGGAAAAGAACCAAUUAUGGCAUAUUGGUUGAAAGGACGAUCUGAUAAAAGAUACAUUCUCCCGGAUUUAUCAAAGGCUGCAACUUUGGAAGACACGAUUUUAAAUGAGUCUUAG